UACGGAGUCGUACUCUUUGUGCGGAUGUAUGUACACGCACGACACGUCGCCGCGUCGCCGUCGCGUGCGCGUCGUGUAAGUGUGCGCGCGACGUACGGAUACUAGGUGAAUCUGCUCCGAGAGGAUCCGCGACGUCACGUGCGAUCAACACGUGCGGCCGUCGUCGCGUCGUCGCCGCCGCCGCCGCUGCUCCGAGCCGCGACGCCGAGUAGAGAGCGACCAAGAGAGACCGUCACGCGGACAUGGACAUCGGAGUGCUGGUCGCCCUCGCGAGCAUCCUCGCCGUCAGCUGCUCCGGCACCGGCGACCUCGACCUGGGCACGGUCGUCUUCGCGAACGUGUUGUACAGGCAUGGAGAUAGGACUCCUGUUCGGCCUUACAAGAACGACCCUUACAAUAACGAAUCGUUCUGGCCGGUUCCAUAUGGACAGUUAACGAAUAUUGGAAAGCAUGAACACCUGCUUCUUGGACGCUGGCUGAGGAAACGUUACUCUCAUCUUUUAAGCGACCUUUACUCGCCGUACGACGUCUACGUUCACAGUACAGACGUAGAUCGUACCCUGAUGUCGGCCGAGGCGAAUCUCGCGGGUCUUUAUCCGCCGGUGAAGGCUCAGGUGUGGGACAGCCUCAAAUGGAUGCCAAUCCCCGUGCACACCGUCCCGGAGAAGCAGGACUACGUGUUGAAGGGAAGCAAACACUGCGCGCGAUACGAUUACGAGCUGGAGAAGCUGUUAACGUCGCCGGAAAUGGAACGCAUAAAUAAAGCGAACGCAAAGCUCUAUGUCUACUUAGGUGAGAACACCGGGGACGAUAUGUCAUCGUUUAGAGCGGUUGAACACCUAUACGAUGUUUUAUUUAUCGAGCAACUGUACAACAAAACUCUACCGCAGUGGACGAAGUCGGUGUUCCCAGAUAAACUGAGACCUAUUGCUGUACUUAGUUUUAUGACAGAAUCCUACAACAAGAUACUUCAAAGGUUAAAAUCAGGUCCACUGCUUGGAGAAAUGAUAGAUCACAUGGUCAAGAAAGCGCAACAUACCUUACACCCUGACAGAAAGCUAUGGGUAUACAGUGCUCACGAUGAGACCAUAGCGAAUUUGCUUAUGACUUUGAACUUAUUCGAGCCUCAUUGUCCACCUUACGCUGCUACGAUCCUCGUAGAAUUAAGGACGAACUCGGAAAAUCAGUACUUUGUAACAGUUUCUUAUAAAAAUACCACUGAUGAACCGAUACUUAUGACAUUACCAAGUUGCGCUACGUUAUGUCCUUUAAAUGAAUUUAUUAAUUUAACGAGAGACGUUGUACCUGAAGAUUGGGAGAGAGAAUGUUUAAUAGGAAUGUUUAAUCGGAAUGAUAUAAGUUCUAGCGAUGUCAUCGCAAUCCUGACAUCGUCCAUAUUAAUGCUAGUUUUAUUGGUCCUAAUAAUAAUCGGCUUUUUGUAUUGGCGACAUAAAAGAGAACACAGACAGUAUUAUUUUCGUUUGUCGUACAAUGGUUAUAACGAUGCCAUAUAACGGGUAUUUGGUAGAAGUAAUUAAUAUGGCGAAAAGUAUUAAAAAAUAUAGGGUAAUCAUUGAUUUAUUAAUGCCUGCGACAAAAUUAAGCAAGGCGUUUUUUUUACAAAUUUUUCUUAAAAUUUGGGACGAGAUGUUCGAUAUAUAGUAUAUAUAUAUGUCUAUUUGACUGCUUAAAUCACUAAAUAGUUCUUAUUUUAAUAUUUUUAUGCUUUAUUUUAAAAGCGCUUCUUAUAAAGAAGCUCUUUUAUAACGAAUAACACAAUUUAAUCAUUAUAUAUAUAUAUAUAUAUAUAUAUAUAUAUAUAUAUAUAUAUGUGAUAUAAUUUAUUAUAUCACAUCAACCUCGUGAUGUGCUAUUUUUUUAUGGUGAUAUAUUAGAGACAUAUUUUGAACUUUUGCUCAUUUUCAUGAAAUAAUAUGUUUUCAUCUACGUUGAAUUCGCGAUAUUCCUUUGGAAACUUAGGUUUGCUCACUUUUACACGAUAAUAACUUAUUUGAAACUGAGCAAGAUCAAAGUCCGACCAUCGCGAUAAUAACGAUUUUAUAUUGCUAUUUUAAGAAAUAGUAAAUCCGAAUAGACAAAUGGAUAUCGAAAUUUUAUAUUUUAGAAAAUUAUUUUAUUUUACGACUACCGAGAGAGACAAAUAAUCAGGUACUUUUAUAAAACACGCGUAUUUGUAAUAUAUCGUCAGAUGCAUAAAUGUCUUGUAUAAUAAAUGUUCAAUGUGAGUAAUGUAGCAUAUUGCGAAAUAUGCAAUGAACAAAUUUUGUCACAAAAUUUUAUGAAACGCAAGAACUUCUACUUUAUAGAAUAGCUGCACAACUUAAUUAUUGUUACGAUUAACUGUCUGAUACAUGUGAUAUUACAGUGA